CCAUCAUGGUGUAAUUCUUUUGUUGCACCAGAUUCGCCUACAUCGCACGACUCAAAAGAAACCGUAGACUAUCUACAAGAACUUGCUAGAAGUUAUCUGACCCGGUCAUGCAUAGGUACGUUCGACCAAUGCUAUGCUUUACACCAUCGUGAGGAAAGUAGAUUGCAAUUUUAUGCUCUUUGAAAGAUGCAAAUUCAUACUUACCAGCAAACCUUGUCAAGAUUCGCAUUGGUAAUGAAGACGAGUUAUCAAAGUCUUCCUGUGGUUAGAUUACGAUGGUGAACUAGCUAACUAAAUUUUUGAGUCUUCCUUCCGAAGCAUCGUCUAUACUUCGUUAUCAAAAUACAAAUCACACUGACUCCAUAAAUGUGUCUUCCUUGUCUUGUGCAGGAGCUCGGACAAUUAGAGGCAAUUUGCAAGCAACUCUACGAAAGUACCGAUCCUGGAGUACGAAGUCAGGCCGAGAAAACUCUGAUUAAUUUUACCGAGUCUCCAAAUUGCCUACAGAAAUGCCAAAUCGUACUUGAAAGAAGCACUUCUUCUUAUUCACAACUACUGGCUUCCUCUUCGUUGACGAAAUUGGUUGAGAGAAAUUCAGGAGUGUUGACUGUGCAGCAAAAGUUGGAUAUAAGAAAUUACGUUUUGAAUUAUCUCGGAUCAAGACCAAAACUUGUGAACUAUGUGAGGCAAGCUCUAAUUCAGUUGCUUGCUAAAAUCACGAAAUUGAGUUGGUUUGAUAAUCAGAAAGAUGAGUUUGUCUUUCGAAAGAUUACCAAUGAGAUCAAAGAAUUUCUUAAGGGCUCCAUUGAAUAUUGGAUUAUUGGUGUACAGAUAUUAUCAGCGACCGUCUCAGAGAUGAAUCAUACAAGUUCCUGUCACUCUUUGACCAAACAUAGAAAGAUCGCUUCUUCAUUUCGUGACGUUGCUCUUUACGAUAUCUUCAUUCUGUCUUGCUCACUGCUCAAAGAGGCGUAUGAAAAACACAUCAACUUACAAGAUCAGAAUCAGCACGUUUUAAUGAGCGAAUUACUCCAACUUACAUGUAAUUGUUUGACAUUUGAUUUCAUUGGCACUGCAUCGGACGAAUCCGCUGAUGAACUUGGAGCUGUGCAAGUCCCCACGACAUGGAGAGAAACGUUUCUCAACUUCGCUUCCCUUCAGUUAUUUUUCGAUCUUUAUCAUGCUUUACCUUCAACAUUAUCACCACUGGCUCUUGCAUGUUUGAUACAAAUUGCGUCCGUAAGACGAUCGCUAUUCAGUAAUGCGGAAAGAGCGAAGUUCCUGGAUAAGAUUGUCAGCGGUGUCAAAGGGAUCCUCGAUGCUCCUCAGUCGUUAUCAGAACGAAAUAACUAUCACGAAUUUUGCCGACUCCUCUCGCGUCUGAAGUCGAACUACCAGUUGGCAGAACUCGUCAAAGUCGAGGGAUAUCAGUCGUUGAUUGCAACUAUUGCGAAGUUCACUGUUACAAGUUUACAGAUGUGGCAAUUUUCUCCCAACAGUAUUCAUUACUUACUGGGUUUAUGGCAAAGAAUGGUCAGCUCUACACCUUAUAUCAAGUCAACUGAACCUCAUUUGCUUGAAACAUACACACCUGAGAUCUCAAAAGCAUUCAUCACGUCUCGUGUGGACAGCGUUCAAGUCGUUUUGCAGGAUAGAUUAGAAGAUCCUCUUGAUGAUGUGGGAACAAUCACUCAACAAUUGGAACAGAUUUCAACAAUCGGACGUUUCGAAUAUCCUAAAACUUGCACAGUGCUGAUCUCAACAUUUGACCAGAAUGCACAAUCAUUUGAAAAAGCCACUCAGCCUGGCUCUACGUCAACGUCAAGUCUACCGCUUUACGAAGGUCGCCUGACGUGGCUUGUAUAUAUUAUUGGCGCGGUUAUCGGUGGUCGUGGGUCAACUCACACGACGUUUGAGGAAUACGAUGGUUUAGAUGGUGAAUUAGUUUGUAGAGUGUUGCAGCUGAUGACACUUACAGACACUAAGCUAUCACAGGGAGGUUGCGAAAAGCUGGAAAUGGCCUAUUUAAGUUUCUUCGACCAGUUUCGAAAAAUUUAUGUCGGUGAUCAAGCUCAGAGGACGUCGAAGGCCUAUAGGAUUGUAUCAGAGCGUCUUGGUUUGCACGAUGAGUCGAUGAUUCUUAGCGUUUUUGUUUCAAAAAUUAUAACGAAUAUAAAAUACUGGAUGAGAAGCGACACCAUUAUUCCAAGAACGCUACAAUUACUUAGUGACUUAUCUGUUGGUUAUAGCAGUGUUCGGAAAUUACAGAAGCUUGAAGCGGUUCAAUUCAUUCUGAGAAAUCACACGGCGGAGCAUUUUCCGUUCCUUGGAGUUGUCGCAGGUGGACAGUAUACGGAUAUGAGAUGUAGGACGACAUUUUAUGCUGCACUUGGACGGCUGUUAUCAGUCGAUCUCGGCGAGAACGAAGAGAAGUUUGAUCAGUUCAUGAUUCCCUUGACAGUAACGUACGGGACUGUUACGUCACGAAUUCUUUCUGGUGACCCAAAUGGCUUACAAGUGGAUGAAACAAAGAGGAUUUUGGUGGGGAUUUGUCGGGAUCUUACGGGAUUGGCUCUUGCGCUAACGUGUAAAGCAAGUUAUAUGAUGCUGUUCGAUUGGAUUUACCCACGGUUCACACCUGUUUUGAUCCGCGCAUUAGAGUUAUGGUAUCACGAUCCCAAUGUAACCACACCAGUUUUAAAACUCAUGGCCGAAUUGAUGCAGAAUAGAUCUCAGCGCUUGCAUUUUGGAGUUUCAUCACCCAAUGGGAUUCUACUGUUUCGGGAAUGUUGUAAAGUAAUGGUUGCUUAUGGUUGUCCAAUUCUUACUAUCAGCGAUGUUCCAGCAGAUAGAGCUUAUGCGUUGAAAUUCAAAGGUGUCUCCAUUUGUUUCAACAUGCUUAAAUCUGCUCUGUCUGGAGGUUAUGUAAACUUUGGUGUCUUUGCGUUGUAUGGCGACGAUGCUCUCGAUAAUUCAUUGAACAUGUUUGUUAAACUUGCCUAUUCGGUACCACGUAAAGAUAUAUUGGACUAUCCGAAACUUAGUCACGCUUAUUACAAUCUUGUGGAGGUGGUAACCCAAGAUCAUAUGGGUUUUGUCGGUAAACUCCAGCCAAACAUUUUCUUGUUCAUAUUAUCCACCAUAUCAGAUGGUUUGGUCGCUUUAGACUCCAUGGUUUCUACAAGCUGUUGUGCAACAUUAGAUAACAUUGUAUCAUAUAUAUUUAAACUAUUAUCCAAACGAAAUAAACAAGUCGCUCAACGGACACAAUCUGAAAACGCUUUGUGCUUGACUACUCUGGAGCAUAAUUCGGACGUUCUUCAGCAAUUACUUUCAACCUUGCUCAAUAUUAUAAUGUUUGAAGAUUGUAAAAAUCAGUGGUCAAUGUCAAGGCCUCUUCUUGGUUUGAUCUUAUUAAAUGAAAAGUACUUCACUGAGCUUGAACAAACACUUGUGGCGUCACAAUCAAUAAACAAACAACAGACGAUGGUUGAAUGUUUUAAAGCAUUGAUGUUGAACGUGGAAAGGUCGCUUAGUGGCAAGAAUAGAGAUAGAUUUACACAGAAUCUCUCGGUAUUUCGCCGUGAUAUUACAAAUCUCUCGAAGAAUCCUACCGUAAGUGCCCUAAACAGCAACGGACUCAACGAUAUGAUGAGCUAGAAUUCGGGAUUACAAAUCUAGUUCUCUAAUACCACAUAUAAGGUAGUAUCAUUCGAAGCUUGGAUGAUCUUUCUUAUACCGACCCACCAUUCUAUCGCAUCGUCAUACAGAGACUUGUUAUUCAGUGAAGUGAGAGGUAGCAACUCCUUUGAAUUGAAAAACGCUUUUCCCAUCUCGGAUGACAUGUGUGAACGUUAUUUCAAAUAUUUUCACGGGAGCUGUAGAUUUGGGCAAUGCAAAUGAAAUAAUUAGUCAAAAAAACUUUUGUUUAUGUGAUCGUUUUCUUCUGGUUUUGUUGGUGUAGCUGGUUCGACAAAUGAUUCAGAAUUGUGUGUUACGUAACAAGCAUGAAAAAUCUUUUGUUAAAAUUCUUCCUCGUGAGCUAAUCAAUCAGAUUGCGUCAACUUAGAAAUUUGUGAACGUUCGUAAGGAUUGAAAGAGAGCGUUUAGAAAAGCAAAAAUCCAUACUCAUAGAUCACCUUGUGUCCGUCUUUGUUUUGUAAAUAUUUAAAGCUGUGGUGUUCAACGUAAUGUGAUUGGCUCAAGAACAAAA